AUGAGAGAAGAUGAGGAAAUUUGCAGAGUUGCUGUUAAAUGUGAUCCACGAGCUAUUCAAUUUGUUUCCAAUCAAGAUUUAUUGAAUGAUAGACGUUUUAUAUUGGAAAUUGUGAGACACUCUGGAUUAUUAUUGGAAUUUGUUGGAGAAUCUCUCAAGAAUGACAGGGAAAUUGUGUUGACAGCUUUGAAUCAAGAUCCAAAUGCUUUCAGAUUUGUUGGUGAAGAUUUGUUGAAAAAUGAGGAAAUUUCCAAAUUUUCCCCACAAGUCAGCUCAAUUGAACUGACUAUCGAAUCAUUAAUUAGAAAGAAAAUGAAAGUUUAUAUGAAUCCAAAUGAUACGUUUGAAAUGUUUAUCAAUAGAUUAGAAGAUAGAUUGUGUGUAACAGAUCAAAACGUUGUAAUAGCUAACAAAUCAAAGUUAAUUCCUUUAAGUGAAUAUGCUAAAACAUUGAAAGAAUUGGAAAUUGACAGUAAUUCCAAAUUGGUAUAUCUUUAUAGAUUUUAUGGUGGUUAA